AUGGCGAGUAAGCCGCAGGACAAGGCGAAUGCGCCGCGGGACCUGGACGACACGCCGCAAUACAAGGCGGACACGCUACAGUACGUCUUUCAGGUCGACAGCAAUCCAUUCUGGCCAUUGAUCAACCAGUUCCUCCGCAUGCCGGAGUGGGACAUACCCGAGAAGAUUACAGCCGCCUUCAAUGACUACGAGAAUCCAGCAGUAGUUCUGGCUGAACUGUGGGAAGCUUUCUUCGUCGCUGUUGCGACAAGUGGUGAUCACAGAUACCACCUCGGUCUUCUUGGCUGGCUUCGCAAGCAGGCCACGAUAUCGUCAUCCGAGAGCUGGAGGUCGGAGAGCGCCAACGAACUGAGCAGGUAUCCUCCGCACGAUGGAACGCUGAAUUGGUCUUUUCUGCCAGGUAUCGUCGAAACAUGGCAAAGAAUGGACGGCGCUCUUUUGAGUCGCCGACACUCAUUUAGUCCUCAAUCAGACAGACCAAAGGAUCCGUUCUCAAUGGUGGCCAUGAUUCGAGGAGCAGAAGAAAGAGGCACCACAGAAUAUUUCUGUUUUAUAAGCUUCUCGGCUUAUUGCCUCCACGAAACAUCGAUGAACAAAUUCCCGCGUGUUUCCCAUCCGGUCAAUGUUUUGUACGCUUGCAAGGCUGGUCUGGAGCGACGCGUACCGGAUGACUCUCAUCAAUACCGCUUGUGGUCGAUCGAUGUCCUUAUCGCAACGGAGUGGCUCAGAGCUGCCGGUUGGGUGCUCUGGAAAGUCGGAGACGCAGGCAUCAGAAAGGACCACGCUGCAGCUCUGGCAGCAGAUACUCCCUUGUGGAAAGGCGGAGAUGCCUUGACGCCGGCACGCUGGGCACUCUGGGCGAAGCAGUUGAAAGUCGCAGACGUGUCAAUGAUGUGCAUGAGUACUCGAGUCUCUAUCAUCCGGGCAUACAAGGAAAUCGAAAUGUGGCUCCGGAUGGACACAGCAUAA